AUGAAACUAACUAUAGUACUGUUCGCUUUAGGUGUAUUGAGCCAAUGCGAAGGCAAACAACUGUCAAGAUGUGAACUGGUACGAGAAUUAAGGAAUCAUGGCUUCCCGCAGAACAAACUGAGAGAUUGGGUAUGUUUGGUCGAGAGUGAAAGUUCCCGUCGCACUGACGUCAUCGGCAAACCAAACAGCGACGGUUCCCGGGACUACGGACUGUUUCAGAUCAACAACAAGUAUUGGUGCAGUACUACCAACAUUCCCGGAAAAGACUGCAAUGUUACUUGCAAUCAACUCAUAACCGACGAUAUAACGAAGGCAGCAGCUUGCGCUAAGAAGAUCUACCAGAGACAUGGCUUCGACGCCUGGUACGGUUGGAAGAAUAAGUGCCGUGGAAAACCCCUGCCUGAUAUUAGCUCAUGCUAA